AUGCGCGGGGCAUUCAUUACUUCCAUCCUGUCGAUCGCGCUGGGCGCGACCGCAGCUUUGACUGAAUCCAACCUUUCCAAGCACCCGGAUGUGCUGACCCUCAGCAAGUCCUUCAACCCGGUCAAGGACGCCUACUGGACCGGAUACCCUCACCACCGACGCACGCCCUUCGCCGUCUCCCCCAACGGAAAGUCCGCCUACGUGGCGUACCUGGAUGAGAGUGAGACGGAUGUGCAUGUGCAGGAGCUGGAUCCCAGCACCUUCAAGGCGACGGGAACGGCGGUGACCGUCACGGGCGGAAAGGAGGCCGGUGGUCUCGUCGCUCACAAUGACGGUUUCGCUCUGCUCACCAACGAGGCCAUGCCCUCUGGCACCACCAACGCUCCCCCCAGCGACACCCCCGUGGCUGUGCUGUACCGCUACACCGAGGGCAAGCAGACCUGGAAGACCUGGCUCGGCGGACCCGAUGUCCACGCCUCUGAGGGUCUUGCUGCCUCCCCCGACAUGAACGGUGACCUGGUCUACUCCGAGAAGGCAGGUCUCUACGGCGCCUACAUCGUAGUGACCGACUACUCCGGUGACGCCUCCGGCCACUUCGGCGACAGCAUCGAGUACGUCUCCAAGGACGGCACGCUCAAGACCAUCUCCGGCGCAAGCAGCGCCUGGGGAUGCAGCCACAACACCGGUAUCGCCUUCGAGGAGGCUGACGAGGCCCCCUUCGCCAGUAUCUGUGCCGAGGACCAGGGUGCCAUCUGGCUGAACACCAAGACCCAGGGCAUGACCACCGACGGCGUCAAGAUCUCCAACGAGAACACCACCAACGGUGCCGGCGGUGAGGCUAUGGGCGGUAUGUCCGGCUCUUACAGCGCGCUGGCCCGCUUCGCCGACACCGGCCGCUACAUCUUCUCCUGGGUCUCCCGUGGCGCCGUCGACGUGACCGAGAACGAGUGGAUGGGGUCCGGAUACACCAACGUCCAGAACCGCACCAACGGCCGCAACGUCGCCAUCUCCCUGUUCUCCGACAAGUAUACCAAGGUCGGCAAGCAGGCUACCUCCGAGGUCGGCUCUGAGGACGGCGACAGCCAGGUCACCUGGUUGACCGAGGGCUCCAACGACUGCUCCAACGCCCACGCCGCCACCUUUAGCAAGGACUCCGCCCUCAUCACCUGGGAGGAGAUCUCCAACCCCACCUGUGACUUCAUCGCCAUGGGCUGCCGUGGCGAGUUCGCCGGCACUUUCUACCAGCAGGUCGACUCCGAGGGUAAGAAGGUCGGCAGCGCCCUGAAGAGCGAGGAUACCUACGUCGCCGGUGACAUGGUCACCAUGAGCGAUGGCCGUAUCUGCUGGCCCUACGUCAAGAUGGACUGGGAUCUGUCCCAGGCCGUGAACACCUACGGUGGAUCCUCCUCCACCUCCAGCACCAAGUCGCUCAGCUUCGCCUGUCUGUCUCUGUCUGGAUCUUCCUCUUCCUCCUCGUCCUCCUCUUCGUCCACCACCAAGAAGGCCGCCGCCUCUGCCGCCACCACCUCCGCCAAGUCCCAGGCCACCACCCUGCAGACCAAGGCCAAGGCCGUCGCCCAGACCACCACCGCCGCCGCCGCCGCUGCUCAGCAGAGCUCCGCUACCGAGGAGGUGAACACCAGCGUUGGCCAGGUCUCCCCCAUUGAGGCCACCACCGCCGCUCAGGAGGACAAUGCCGCCCAGCAGACCACCGUCGAGGCCGCCCAACCCACAGUCGGCGUUGUCCAGGAGCAGGAGACCACUGCCGCUGCCCAGGCCACUGGUGGCUGGCGUCACCGUCACCACGGCUGGAAGCCCUGGUACCCCCAGGGUCAGGCCCAGGCCCAGCCCCAGGGUACUUGCCAGUUUUCUAACUAA